UGCUUUUGAAAACACAGAAAAAAUAAAGUCUAGAGCUAUAUAUAUAUAUACACAGAGGGCGUGAUGAUCUUAACAUGCAUAGCAUUUCCUACUGAACUCUAAAAUUCAUACACACAUUAUACAUUAUUAGAAUUCCUGUAGUGUUGAUAUGGACUUAUUAUCAUCAGCGCAUAUUCCUGUUCUCCUCUUCUUUUUCCAUCUCAUAUUUAAUGCAGCCGCCGCGGCCGCCGCUGCAGGACGGUGGCACCUCCUGCAGGGCAGCAUCGGCGUGUCGGCCAUGCACAUGCAGCUCCUCCACAACGACCGCGUCAUCAUUUUUGACCGCACCGACGUCGGCCCCUCCAAACUCGCCCUCGCCGGCGGCGCCUGCCGCCACGACCCCAAUGAACUCGACAUGAAAGUCGACUGCACUGCGCACUCCGCCGAGUACAACGUCGCCGCCAACACCUUCCGUCCGCUCACCGUCGUCACCGACACCUGGUGCUCGUCCGGCACCGUUGCCCCCGACGGCACCCUCGUCCAGACCGGUGGGUUCAAUGACGGCGACCACAACGCCCGCACCUUCCGCCCGUGCGCGAAUGCCGCCGCCUGCGACUGGACGGAGCAUCCGAACGCCCUCGCGGUCCGCCGCUGGUACGCCACCAACCAAAUCCUCCCCGACGGCCGCGCGAUCAUAAUCGGCGGCACCGGCCAAUUCAACUACGAAUUCUACCCUAAAACCAAUGCCGCCGAUGCCGCUGAAAUUCCCCUCCCCUUCCUGUCGCAAACACACGACCCCGAAGAGAACAAUCUCUACCCGUUCGUCCACCUCAAUAUCGACGGCAACUUAUUCAUAUACGCGAACAACCGCGCCAUACUAUUCGACUAUGUGAGAAACGCGGUGGUUAGGACGUACCCGGAAAUGCCGGGCGGCAACCCCAGAAACUAUCCGAGUACGGGAUCUUCGGUGCUGCUGCCGCUGAAGCCGGCGCCGACUGAAGCCGAAGUGCUCGUCUGCGGCGGGGCCCCGACAGGGUCCUGGGUGCAGGCGUCGCAGCACGGGAACUUCCUGCCCGCGCUGGCUACCUGCGGCAGGAUUAAGAUCACCGACGCGGCGCCGGCGUGGGCGAUGGAGACGAUGCCGAUGCCGAGGGUGAUGGGCGACAUGGUGCUGCUGCCGUCCGGCGAGGUGCUCAUAAUAAACGGGGCGGGUACGGGGGCGGCGGGGUGGGAGAUUGGCCACAAUCCUGUGCUGGCGCCAGUUUUGUACCAUCCAGACGCAGCGCCCGGCAAACGAUUUGCGGUGCAAGCCCAGGGAACAGUUCCCCGGCUGUACCACUCGACGGCGGUGCUGCUCCGCGAUGGUCGGGUGCUUGUCGGGGGGAGCAACCCACACGAGCGCUACGUAUUCACGAACGUUGAGUACCCGACGGAGCUCAGCCUCGAGGCUUUCUCGCCGGAGUACCUCGACCCCGCCUUUGCAGCCUUGCGGCCGCAAAUCAUUUCUCCCCUACUCCUUAUAAACCACGGGAGGCCGAUCCUUCUGCGGUUCCGCGUAGGUCAACCGUCGGCGAACGGCGUGUCGGUCACGAUGGCAUCGCCAGCAUUCGCGACGCACUCGUUCUCAAUGAACCAGAGGCUGCUGAUUCUGGAGACGAUGAAGCCGAGGGCGGUAGGAGGCGUGGCGGGGGUUUACGAGGUGGUCGCGAUGGCGCCGGCGACGGCGAUGCUGGCGCCGCCGGGGUACUAUAUGGUGUUUGUGGUGAAUAAUGGGAUUCCAAGUGAGGGCGUAUGGGCACAGGUACUUUGAGAAAUAUAUAUUGCUUUUGAAUGAUACAAUAUAUAAUAAGCAUAAGAAGAUGAAUUAACGAAGAAGAAAUUAAAUGUGUGUGAAAUGUGUGUGAAAUGUGUGUGAGAGUGUGUGUAUUAGAUAGCAUGUGAAGCAAAUCGCAUGCUAUUGUGCUGUGUCAUUACUCUGUCAAUUGGAUUUGUUAAACUCGGGACUAUGAUCCUGGCUAAGUUUUAAUAAAUAAAUUGGAAUAAUUUUUAGUAGAAA